GUAUUGAAGGAAGCAAGCGAAAAUCGUAUGUUCAUACACCAUGCCGAUAUCCUUAAAACCGACGUUGGUCGUAUUUGGUCUGAAGCCGGUCUUGAGCGUGUUCCAUGGGAUAAUGAGAUUCCAAAAAUGCAUGUCAUCGGCAAUCUUCCAUUCCUGCGUGAAAUGCUUUACCGUCGAGGGCCAUGGUCAUUUGGUCGUGUACCAUUAUUGCUAACAUUUCAAAUGGAAGUGGCCGAGCGACUUUGUGGUCCCAUUGAUUCACCAUUUCGAGCCAGAAUUUCAAUUAUGUCAUCGUUUCUUACCGAACCCCAACUAAUUUUCAAAAUACCAGGCAUGAAGUUUGUUUUUUUUUUUUGCGAAGGCAGUUUUGUAGGUGAAAAAUUUUUGCAAAUUUUUUGGAAAGCCGAAAUUUUUGCAAAUUUUUUUGGAAAGCCAUGUUUGGUCGUUUUUCUGUUUCUGGAAACUGCAUCUCUGUGUAUGCUUUUCCUUUAUGGACAAUUGCAUUUUGAUGAUAUUUCAGGACGAUGCUUUGUUCCUCGACCUAAAAUUGAUGUCGGUAUUGUUCGAUUUGUACCGCGCAGAGAUCCUCUGAUUAAAACUUCAUUUGAGGUUGUUGAAAAAGUCUGCCGACGCAUUUUUAACUAUAGGCAAAAAUACGUCGUCAAAGGCGUUCGAAGUCUGUAUCCGAAGGAGCUCGCCAUAACGCUGGCCGAUGAUGUGCUGUCUCGGUGUCGAAUUGAUCCAACAACCACCUCAAUUCGGCUUGGCGUCGAGCAAUUCGCUGAUAUUUGCUAUGUAUACGAGGAGCAUUGUCGGAAGUAUCCUGGAGUGUUUUUGUAUGAGCAUUCCAAUCAGGGUCGCACUUUGGAACAGCUCUCUCGAUUACCAAACGCUUUGCCACCAAAAAAUCCUUUCGAUGGCGAAUUUCCAACCGAAGGCGUAGCACUGUCAAAAGCCGCCCCGAUAUUUUCGGAUGGUAGAUUCGUGUAG